UCUGCUUGUCUCGGAGGUUCGGUUGCGAAGAACAACGAGCUCAAGAUUUUGAUUCCAGGUGCAGAUUGAAUCAGGCAUGCCUUCUCUCUGUCUUCUCAGUGAACAGAGACUUUUAAAAACUGGGGUUUAGGGGUUUACUGGGUCUUGCAGAUUCUUUCUCUGUUUGUUCAAAGUUCCUUUCUUUCGCAAUGCUUAAGUGAUCAUGGACAGUGAGACGAAACCGACCUUCAGCAAAUCUACAGGGCUCCCUCGGAAGCGAUUCUACAGAGCAAGAGCUCACAGUAACCCACUUAGCGAUUCUCACUUCCCAAUCCCGAUUUCCCCGCUUCAUGUCGACUUUUCACUUCACUUCCCAAAAUUCGUUGAAGCCAACAGCAAAAUCUCCAAGAAGAUUGAGUUUGCAGAUAUCGGAUGCGGUUUCGGUGGCCUUCUCAUUUCCCUUGCAACGCUCUUCCCUGAUACCUUAAUGAUCGGUAUGGAGCUGAGAGACAAAGUGACGGAAUACGUCAAGGAACGGAUCUUAGCCUUGAGGAGAACAAGCUCGGGGGACCAGUACGAGAACAUCUCUGUUGUUAGGACAAACUCGAUGAAGUACAUUCCGAAUUACUUUGAGAAAGGACAGCUUUCCAAGAUGUUUUUCCUCUUCCCUGAUCCACAUUUCAAGGAGAAGAAUCACAGGAGGAGAGUGAUUAGCACUCAUUUGCUAGAUGAGUAUGCUUAUGUUCUUAGAGCUGGUGGGAUUGUAUACACAAUCACUGAUGUUGAGGAGCUUGGAGAGUGGAUGAGGUCUUGCUUGGAGAAACAUCCAAUGUUUGAGUCUUUGACACAAGAAGAGCUCGAUUCUGAUCCUGUUGUUGAGCUUCUGUGUAAUGCUACGGAGGAAGGUCAGAAAGUUGCCAGGAAUGGAGGACAGACUUUCAGAGCAGUUUUCAGACGCAUUGCAUAUGUUUCUUAGAUUCUAUCUUCCUUUUUGUAGUGAACAUCUGAUUGUUGUAACACAAGCAUCUUUCUUAACUUCAUCAAAUUUUUGGGAUAGUUUUUACAGCAAUUUAUAAAUUAUAGUUCAAGACAAGAA